AGUUUCCUGGUGGUAGCGCGGAUUUCCUUAACAUUCAAACCAAGGAUGCCUACAAACUGUUUGUGAGAAUGCCCAGCUCAAACUCCAUCGCCAGCUCCGUGGAUAUCAAAGCUCUACGAAGAUCUCCAAGGCUUCUUGCUCCUACUGCACCCCCAGGGAAACACGAAUGCCCUUCUACACGAAGAUCUCUGAGAUUUCUUCAAAAGAAGGACAUUUCACCUCCCACGCUCCCGGAGCCCUGCCGUUCUCACUCUGCAAUUCGCCAGGUACACCCUUCCCACACUUGUCUCAGUCCUUCAAAGAAUGUUUCUCCUAAAACCCCCAAACCGGUUCUUGUAAAUACCCCGAAAAAAUCGAAGAAACCUAGUGUUGUUUCGAGUGAAAACAAAGAUUCAAACUCUGGGUCGAAAAAGUCUUCGACAUUUGAAAAUGGGUUUGAGGGAAUACAAACUCCAAGACGGUCCUCUAGGUUAUCAUGUGUGCCAAAGAUUGACAAUGCAUGCGAGGGGAAGAACGCAGAAGUUUCGAAGAGUUCAAUUAAUUUUGGAGGGCGUUCGAGAGAUUUUAAGCAUUCAAAUGCAGGGUCAAAAAGGGAUUCGGCAUUCGAAAACGGGCUUGAGGGAAUACAAACUCCAAGACGAUCCUCUAGGUUAUCACAUGCGCCGAAGUCUGAUAAUGCGCUUGAGAGGAAGAACGCCGAAGUCUCAAAGAGUUCAAUUACUUUCGGAGGGCGUUCAAGAGAUUUGAAGCAUUCAAAUGUAGGGUCGAAGAAGUCUUCGGUAUUGGAAGACGGGUUUGCGGGAAUACAAACUCCAAGACGGUCCUCUAGGUUAUCAUAUGCGCAGAAGAUUGACAGUGCGCUCGAGGGUAAGAAUUCAAAAGUUUCAAAGAGUUCAAGUGCUUUCGAAGGGCGUUCGAGAGAUUUAAAGCAUUCAAAUACAGGAUCAAAAGAGUCUUCGACAUUCGAAAACCGGUUUGAGGGAAUACAAACUACAAGACGGUCAUCUAGGUUAUCAUAUGCACCCAAGAUUGACAAUGCGCUCGAGGGAAAGGACGCAAAAGUUUCAAAGAGUUCAAUUACUUUCGGAGGGUGUUCGAGAGAUUUGAAGCAUUCAAAUACAGGGUUGAAAAAGUCUUCAACAUUCGAAGACGGUUUUGAAGGAAUACAAACUCCAAGACGGUCCUCUAGGUUAUCCUGUGCGCCGAAGAUUGACAAUGUGCUCGAGGGGAAGAACUCAAAAGUUUCAAAGAGUUCAAUUACUUUCAAAAGGCAUUCAAAAGAUUUAAAGCAUUCAAAUACAGGGUCGAGAAAGUCUUCGACAUUCGAAAAUGGGAUUGAGAAAAUGAAAAGUCCAAGACGGUCCUCUAGGUUAUCCUAUGCGUCGAAGAUUGACAAUGCGCUUGAUGGGAAGAACACAAAAGUUUCGAAGAGUUCAAUUACUCUCGGAGGGCGUUCGAAAGAUUUAAAGCAUCCAAGAGUCAAUAAUGAAGUUGAGGGGCAUCAAAGUAUCGUCAAACCCCAAAUUGUUCUGGGCCAGCAAGAUGCUCUCGAGAAAAGUAGCCGGAAACGGGAGAGGUCCAGGAGUUCGGAUAAGAAAACAGUGUUAUUGAAUGUCCAGAAUGUUGUUACGAGGGAAAGCUCACAUGAGGAAAAUGUGGUAGAAGGAGGAGAGAGGAGGAAAGGAAAUUCUGCUGAUCACGAGGGUAUUGCAACAGAAGGUGGGGGAACAGAAGUAGUUGGUGGUGAAAUGGAAAAGAAGUCGGUGGCUAUAAGGAAAAGAAAGCGAGAGGAUGGUGUGGUUGGGAUUAGACAUGGGUGGACUAAAGAACAGGAAGCCGCAUUACAGAGAGCUUAUUAUGCUGCCAAGCCCACUCCCCAAUUUUGGAAGAAGGUUUCCAAACUGGUGCCUGGAAAGUCUGCCCAAGAUUGCUUUGAUAAAGUUCAUUCCGACCAUUUGACCCCUCCUCAACCUCGACCUCGAUCCAGAACACAGAGCUCAAAAUCAUGUCAAAUUGAACUCUCGUCUCUUUCGGAGGAUAAGCUUCUAAAUCCUAAUGGCGCGAAAUCUAGAAAGCCUAUCCGCAAGACUCAGAGAAGCCAAAAUGCGCAGAAGACUGUGAGAUAUUUGUUGGAGAAGAAGUUCCAGAGGGCCGUUAGCAGUGAGGCCGAUUUGUUCUCACAACUCGAGCCAAAUGCUAAUCGCUCUAACCAUUCUCCUCUACCUAGUAAACAACUCUCUAUCACCAAGGAUUUGCAGGGAAACCAAGGAUUCCUCCAUGAGAGAUCCUUGUCAAAUCACAAGAAGCCCCUUUCGAGAUUUAGCAGCUCAGUUGAGAGAGUCGUUAGUCCACCGGUACUGAAACAGGUCAAGAACAAAGCCUUGCACGAGAAGUAUAUCGACCAGUUACAUUGCAGGGAGGCAAAGAGAAAAUCAAUGGCAAAAUGCACAAAAAAAUGCAUCUCCGAAGAGAAGGGCUUAAAGGAAGUCCAUGCUGAAAGAACUAAUGAUCUCAGAGCUGCUAAAAAUGCUCUGAUUUCUGAUGCAAGGGAUGCCAUCCAUCAGUUACAACACUUGCAAGCCAAUGGCAUGAAUGAUUCUCCCGAAUUCGACGACAAUUUAUAUGACAAUGUCGAUAGCGAAAAUGAAGAUGAAAUAUGAAAACAUCCAUUCAUGUAUGUGUAUAAUCAGAUUUUAGAAGGUGUAAUCUAUGUAAACCACAGUUUUAUGAAGGCGUUGGGGCUUUGCUAAUUGAUUGUACAGUUGAGUAAUGAAAGAGUCUGGAAAACAAGAACAAGCUAUUAUCAUAAGAAAUGGAACUCUUUAGUUCAUCUGGUUCAGUA